AUGUAUCUCGACGUGUCUCCACGGAGCGGGUCACCGGACAAAGGAUUUCGAACGCCUGCAACAACACCCGGCUCGCCCUCGAAAUAUGCAGACUACUUUCACCAACCACGACGACGAAUCCAUGUUGUCCGCAUACUCUCCAUCUCCCUCGCCAUCGUACUCUGCUAUAUGGUUGCAACACGCGGACCCGAGUCCUCGACGUGGGUACCCACUACCAUUCACGACAAAGUAGCCUUUGGUGACCAUACUGCUGCACAAGCCGUCAGCGGAGACGCUCCCCCUCGCGGCUAUGAUGACACAGGAAAGGGCAGGUGGACUGAUGCCACUGAAGAACAAGAUGGCAGCAAACCGGACAAUGGAAAAGAGAUGGAGCACACUGUCGACCGUGUUGAAGGAGACCAGGAGGCCGAGUAUGAGAAGCUCAAGGACUCGCAGACGGACAACAAAGAGCCUGACAUGAAGGAAGGUUCUAAUUACGUGCCAGCGACGGAUAGCGAUGAGGAGCCUGCUGUUGAGCCAUCACAUCACACUCAGUCUGUACCCUUUGUUGCUCACAACAUCGGCAAUGGUGAGAAGUACUCGUUCCGCGAGGCUCUGAGGGAUGUCCUCCAUAUGAUCCCGGACGAGAUCUACACUCGUGACCUGCUUCGUCCACUCGAGGGAGGUGGUCAGGACCGUCUGAAAGAGCUGGGCGUCAGAGCCAGGGCUUUCCACAAAUUCUUCACCGUCUGGGAAGCACUUCACGUUGUUGCCGACUCGAAGCUGACCUACGUCCGCGACGAUGUCAUCAAUUAUUUGGAGACGGCUCCUAANAAAGAACUCGCCGAAGUCUCGGAUCUGGAGCGUGGAGACAUCAUCAGAGCAUACGAGAGGUACAGAGCCUUCCUUGCGAAACUGUCCAACAUUCUGUUCCCCUACACCUCUCCUUACUUUGCCGAUCACCUUACUCUUCACGCUCACUUCCGCAACGGUGGCCGCGGUAUCGUCCUUUCUGGCAACGACAAGCAAGCUCGUUUCAUCCUCACCGCCAUCAUGUCUUUCCGCAAGCUGGGAUGCAAUCUCCCUGUCGAAAUCAUGUAUUUGGGUGAGAACGACCUUAACGAUGAUUGGAGAAUGAAGCUCGAGUCCAUCCCAAGCGUCGUCACCCGCGACUUGAGUCAGAUGGUGUCUGACGACGGAUGGGAGCUCAAGGGCUGGGCGUCCAAAGCUUUCGCUCUACUCAUGUCUAGUUUCCGCGAGGUCAUCUACCUUGAUGCUGACGCCUUGUUCUUUGUCAACCCGGCAGAACUUUUCGAAGAUCCUGGCUAUGUCGAAACCGGUGCUCUCUUCUUCCGUGACAGAAUCUAUGCUCCUUCUUCUCGCAAACAGUGGCUCAAGGAUAUGCUUCCCAAGCCCAUCUCCAAGAAAGCGCAGACUUCUCGCUACUGGACUGGCGAAUCUCGCGAGCAACAGGAAUCUGGCUGUCUUGUCGUGGACAAAUGGCGUCACUUUGUCGCUAUGCUGACUGUCACCCGGAUGAACGGUCCUGACCGUGAUGACAAUUCAAAGACCGGUGCCAAGGGUGUUUACUCGCUGUUCUAUGGCGACAAGGAAACUUUCUGGUUGGGCUGGGAGCUUGCUGGAGACACUGACUACUGGUUUAACGAAGGCGCUGCCGGCAACAUGGGUGUUGUGUCCGAGCACGACUACUACAAACUCGUCGACGGCGAAGCUCAAAUCCUCAAAGAUUACCAACCACCUUCCUCAAAACCAACCCACGAGCACAGCACAGUAACCGCAGAAUCAUCAGACCUCGACGCUGAAACAAAAGCCGAACACCCACUCGUCACCCGCGACCCCGAAGUUCACGAACUCUACACGGUAUCCUCACCCCAAUUGCUGCAUCUCGACCUCAACAACCGACCUCUAUGGUUCAACGGCUGGAUCCUCGACGACAAGUACGAAGAAAACAAGCACGUCAAUGUAAGCACUUGGGACGUGUACCUCAGUGAAAUCAAGGAAACGCACGAGGCCGCAGAGUGGAGGAUUGGCGGCCACAACAUGGCGACGCUGAAAAGCAACAAAGCUUACGAGUUUACGGAUAAGGAGAAGGAUGUGCUCAAGAUGAUUGUGGAUACUGCGAGGGAGAAUGGGGCGUUGAAACCUGGACAGUGA